AUGGGCCAAGCAUGGGUGGCUGUGCGCGUUUUCGCUCGCUCGCUCCUCAUCCCGCUCGUCGCGGGCCACGGUUCGGUGGUGAGGCCGCUGCCGCGGCAGGCUGUCGAUGCCGAUCAAGCCCCGUGGGCGUCGGGCGCCGUGCCCGAGCCCGUGCCACGUGUGUCGCUUCCCAACGAGGCGGGCACGUGGUGCCCUGUCGCUGGUGCCUCCGGCGCGCGGCUGGGAAAGUACAGCGCGAAUCUGGCGCAAUCGUGCUUCUGGUUCUCGAAUGGGUGUGCGAUAGGCUGCCACGCUUGCGACGGCAGCACGCGCGGCCCAGAGGUCGGCCCAGAGAAGCGCAAGGUCUGCGCCACUCCGAUGAACGCCACUCUAUGCGACGAACGGCUGCGCACGGUGAACACGGACGCGGAGUGUGGCUCGGCGGCGGAUAGGUACGCUUUCACGCCGUGGAGAGCGCCGGGCUUCGCGCCUGUGUUCGACGCGUGCGGCAUGGCGGGUGGCCGCGCUGCCGGCCCGGGAGGGCACGGCGCCGUCUACCGGAACACGAGCCACGCGAAGCAGGGCGAUCUGGGUUCAGCGGUGCUUGGCGCGCUCAACACCAACACAACGUGGUCGGCUGGCGACACCGUUGAGGUGUCUUGGGCGAUCACGGCGAACCACGGCGGCGGGUAUCAGUAUCGGCUCUGCCCAGCCGGCGAGCCGCUCAACGAGGCAUGCUUCCAAAAGACGCCCCUGCCCUUCGACCGGAGCCGCAAGCAGCUCUUCCGGUGGGGCGGCCUCGACGGCACCAAGGCGUGGUUCGACGGCGACUACGUAUCGGAGGGCACAAACCCGCCGGGCAGCACGUGGGUGAAGAACCCGAUCCCACGGAACGAUGGCUUCACUGGUGCCGGCUUCGCGCCAAAGUGCGACGAGGUGCCAGACUGCCGCACGACGGCCGUCGAGAGCGACUGCCUAUGCUCGGGUAUGUGGGGACCGUACAACCUGGAGAUAGUCGACUACGUCACGCUGCCCUCGUCGCUCGCGCCGGGCAAGUACGUGCUGGGCUGGAGAUGGGACUGCGAGGAGAGCAAUCAGGUCUGGGCCUCCUGCUCCGACGUUCAAAUCACGGCCGCCCGCGCGUCGAAGUGA